UACCUAGUAAGGUUUAUGUGAGUCCACGCUGACUGUUUCCUGUCUUGUUCUUUUGGGAUUCUUUUGCAGGAAUUACCUCAGAGUUAAGUAUGCUAAUGUUAAAUAAGACAACAAGAUGUUUUUUUAAACCAUCAAAAAGGAAAAUUUAUGAAGCACUAAGAAGUUUAAAUUUUCAUCCCAGAACGCAGUUUCUUCAUAAACUAGUUUUGGGAAUUGAAACUAGUUGUGAUGACACAGCAGCUGCGGUGGUGGAUGAAUCUGGAAAUGUGUUGGGAGAAGCAAUACACUCCCAAACUGAAGUUCACUUAAAAUCAGGUGGGAUCAUUCCUCCUGUAGCUCAACAGCUUCACAGAGAAAACAUUCAACGCAUAGUGCAAGAAGCUCUUUCUGCCAGUAAAAUCUCUCCGAGUGAACUGUCAGCUAUUGCAACAACCAUAAAACCAGGUCUCGCUUUGAGCCUGGGAGUAGGCUUAUCAUUUAGUGUGCAGUUGGUAAGCCAGUUGAAAAAGCCAUUCAUUCCCAUUCAUCAUAUGGAGGCUCAUGCCCUGACUAUUAGAUUGACCAAUAAAGUAGAAUUCCCUUUUUUAGUGCUCUUAAUUUCUGGAGGUCAUUGUCUUCUGGCAUUAGUUCAGGGAGUUGCAGAUUUUCUGCUUCUUGGAAAGUCUCUGGACAUAGCACCAGGGGACAUGCUGGACAAGGUGGCAAGAAGACUUUCUUUAGUCAAACAUCCCGAUUGCUCCACCAUGAGUGGUGGGAAGGCUAUAGAAUAUUUGGCUAAACAAGGAAACAGACUCCAUUUUGAUAUCAAACCACCCAUGCAGCGUGCAAAAAAUUGUGAUUUUUCUUUUUCUGGACUUCAGCAUAUUAUUGACAGAAUAAUAACACAAAAGGAAAAAGAGGAAGGAAUUGAGAAAGGACAACUGUUGUCUUCAGCUGCAGACAUUGCUGCUGCAGUACAGCACACAGCAGCGUGCCACAUUGCAAAAAGAACACAUCGCGCUAUCCUUUUUUGCAAGCAGAAAGACUUACUACCCCAAAACAAUGCAGUCCUGGUUGUGUCUGGUGGUGUUGCAAGUAACUUCUAUAUCAGAAAAGCUCUGGAAAUUGUGACAAACGCAACCGGAUGCACUCUGCUAUGUCCCCCGCCUAGACUGUGCACUGAUAAUGGCAUCAUGAUUGCAUGGAACGGUAUUGAAAGAUUACGUGCUGGCUUGGGCAUUUUACAUGAUGUAGAAGGCAUCCGCUAUGAACCCAAAUGUCCUCUUGGAGUAGAUAUAUCAGAAGAAGUUGGAGAAGCUGCCAUAAAAGUACCACCAUUAAAAAUGAAGAUUUGAAUUCUGCUUUUCAAGAACAUCCAUAAAGGCGCCAGUGUUGUGGCACAGUCAGCUUAAGCUACCUCCCAAGAUGCCAGCAUCCCAUUUGAGUGCCAGUUGGAGUUCCAGCUGCUCCACUUCUGAUCCAGCUCUCUACUAAUGCACCUAAGAAAGUAAUGGAAGAUGGCCCAAGUACUUGGGUCCCUGCCAUUCAUUUGAGAGACCUGGUUGGAAUUGUAGACUUCUGGCUUUGGCUUCACCUAGCUCUGGAUGUUGGUGGUAAUGUGGGAAGUGAACCAGUGAAUGCAAGCUCUUUCUGUGUGCUUAUUUCUCCCUUUCUUCCUAUAACUGUGGAUUUUCAAGUAAAUAUAAAUGAAUAAAUCCCACCUUAAAGUGACUUCCCUAUGGGAAGCACUGUUAGUAAUUAUUUUUUUUAGAAUUGUGGUCAAGGUAUAUUAUUUUAUUCAUUUUAUCCCAGGACAAAUGUUGUUUUAUAUAUUAGUAAACAUAUAGAAAUAUGUAAUUAAUAAUAUUUAUAAAGGUUUGCAUUCUUUGGCAUAUAGAGUUGGGAACAAAUGUCAUUUAAAAUAAACAGUUUUUGAUUUCACAUUUUACAUUUUUAUUUACAUCAUAUGCCUGUCAUUCUGAAUUCAAAGAGAAGUAGAAUUAUUCCUUCAGCACUAAAUUUAGCAUACAUACAAACCAUGAAAGAAAAUCUGUCAAGGGUUCUUCGCAUUAUCACAAAGAUUGUAAAUCAGGAAUACCAUUAAUCCAAAUUUUUAAAGUUUCAGAAUUGUUCCAGGUUCUGCAAUGAUGCAUGUUAAAAUUGAGUUUAUGACAUAAAUAAGGAAAAUCUACAGAAAACAAAGUAAGAAAAUUCUGGAGAACUUUAUAUCUCUAGGUCUUUCAAUGCUUAGACAUAAGGAAGGGAAAAGAAAAGAAUGAAGGGAAAAAUGAAAAAGGAAAGAAAAAUAGUGAGGGAGAGACUGUAUGGCAAACAUCUGUGCCAAUGUUUUCCAGCCCAGCUGAGAGGCAGAAAAAUUGUUGAAAUUCUCUAUAUUAGGAGGCCUUUCUCAUACAUAAUUUUACAAAAGAAAAACAACAUAUGGCAAAAAAGAAGUCUAUAUGAGGUAGACGUACUGUUCAAGAAAUACUCUAAGUUUGGGAAGUCAUUAAGUUGUCCUGGCUAUGUCAGUACACUCAGGAAAUUAUGCAUUAACCACAUUAAUGAUGUGAUUUCCAACCUGACGAUACUUUUAAAAUACUGUUUUUUAGGGACUGAUAUUGAGGCAUAGUGCGUUUAGCUGCGACCUGCAGUUGAAAGUGCCCCGUAUGAAUAACAAUUCAUGUCUCAGCUACUCUACUUCUGAAACAGCUUCCUGUUAAUAACCUGGAAAAAGCAGCAGAUGAUCAAGGGCUUGGACCUCUGCUAACCAUGUGAGGGGUUUGGAAAAAGCUCCUGGCUCCUAGCUCCUGGCUUUGAUCUGGCUCAACCCUGGCUAUUAUAGCCAUUUGGGAAGUGAACCAGUGUUGAAAGAUCUGAGUCUCUCCUCUCUCUAACACGUUCAAAUAAUUAUAUAAAUUUUAAACAAAAAACAGUAACAACAUCAACAAGAAACCAAAAGCUUAAAACUGCAGAGAGGCCUACCAUGUCAGUGUAGUUGCCAUGACAGAGAAGAAAUAACUGAAGCAGGAAUAAAUGAGGUCCCAGGUAGCAUGUACCAGGUAGGAAGAGAAGCAAUACCUCCAACAUCCAACAGGGGCAUGGAGGAAGUUCCAGGGAGACCGAUCUUUAAAUUAUAUGUAUGUGUAUAUGUGUG